GAAUGGCGCCCGCUUAGCGGUCGGGCGAAGACGUCGUCGGCGUCGUCGACGAUCUCGACGCGAACGAUCGUGGCGGUAUGAGCCCCAACGAGCCUUAUUCGCCACUCCUGUGGGGUGCUCCGGACACAUGGACCUGGAGCCGACGUCACAAGUCGACGGAAGUCCGGCUGCACGGUCCUUUCACCGCUCAGUUUCAUCCUAACUGGAGUAACGGCACGGCCGCUGUGAGGUGUUCACGCCCUCUGGCACACAAUCGGAGGACCUACUGGGAAAUCAGGGUGUCCCAGAGGGUAUUCGGUACGAGCAUGAUGUUCGGCGUCGCUACUCGGUCGGCAAGACUGCACGCCAACACCUUCGUCAACCUACUAGGUGAAGAUCAGCAUGGCUGGGGACUUUCCCACAAAGGACUCUUGUGGCACGCCGGAAGGUGGCGCACAUUUACUCGACCUUUCCCAGAGAACGAGGCUACGGUAGUGGGCAUGCUAUACGACGGACGCAGGGGCACACUCACAUACUACAAGGACGGCGUGUGUCUAGGAGUCGCCUUUGAGGGUCUGGCCGGCCACGACCUGUACCCGGUCGUCUCCUCCACGGCAGCCAAGACGGAGAUGACGCUAGGAGCAGUGCGUCGAGAGUUUGUCAACCUCCAGGACCGCUGUCGCGCCGUCAUUUUGAACAGAGUGCGCCAAGGAAGCGAACACACACUCACUUUGCCAUCCCUAUUGAAGCGCUACAUCCUAGAGGGACGGGAAAUUGGGCGUCGCUGUGACGUCACGAAUGGCUCUCUAGAGGGUGUGGCCCCUAAGUGGGUCUGCUAAUUACCCCCAUCGUAGGUAAGGAAAUUUUCGGCUCUUUUGAGCUCAAGUUACUCGACUCAUUCCUCGCAUCGACUGAGUUCACAUAAUCAGGAACAAACCUGCUUGUUUUGCUGCCAAAAUAAUUAUUGAGGCUUAAACAGCAAUCGCCACGAUCUUGGUUCUUAGGGUACAUCUGUGUUGUUGCUUCUUAUGACUUGUGAGAACUCAUGUAUCGUUGGAAGGGGAGUGGCGUUGUCAACUUGGUGUCGUCAUUUUGCAGGUAGCGUUGCGGUCUCGAAAUCAAAGCGAAAACUGGCUGUUAAACGUAGCCGGGGGGAGUGUGAGAGGAUACGAGGGGUGAAAUCCUGCUUCCCAUAUGUACACCACUACCAAUCUGUUUUUCUGGCUACGCUACUAAACGUAAUUUUUUUUCUUUUGCGUAGAUCUACGGAGCCUCUAACGAGUUGUGGGGCAUAAAAAAAAACAGUUUCCCUAGAUGUUGUAUGCGAGGAAAGUUUGAAUUAUUUAUUCGAGUUAUUUAUUUUAACACGAUGUACAUAGAAAAAAAAAAGUAUUUAUCGACGGUCAUUCAUCGGCCACAGGAUGAGUGCGAAACUCUAGUCAAACAAGUGAAAAAGAGUCUAUCCAUGUGUCCACAAAACAACGUCGGUCUUUGACAUUGUGCUCGCUGAUGCUGACGUUGCACAGUGUGACUUUUGUGUGUCCUCAGAAGAGACACCUUUCCGUGUGUCAUAUUGUCAUGAAGUUGUCCAACUGUCUCGGAUUUUCAACAACUUUGCAGUCUCCAUGUACGUAGUUUUGUAAAAAAAAAAAAAUGAUAGCAUUCCAUUUGCUUCGCGGGAGUGUCAUGUCUUACCGCGUAUAGUACCCAGCCCCUUUAGAACGCGUCCCUACUUUACACCCCUACGAAAGGGUAAUCCCUCGCAGGGGUGUUGGUCAGUCAGGGGUAAAUUAAUGAAAAAGUAACUAAGUUACCGCUCCUUGUGAAGAUAGUAACUGAGAUAGCACAGCAACGAGAUGUAACUGCUAACAGCUACAGUUACCACGUUAAAGUAACUAAGAAUAAAUGUAACCCUCAAAAACUUAAUUAUUGUCUUCGGGGUGCUUAUGAGAUGGCAAAAUUCGUGGAGUUCCUGAUUGGGAGAAGAAAAAAAAAGAUGAGUGCAAUUCAUGUUCAUAUACUUUGUCAUUAUCAUGUUCGAAAGAACGACAGAACGACACUUAGGAAACUGUAGCGUGGAAAAGAUUGCUAUACUUACAACUACAGUUUACAGUUACUUUAAACAAAAGCGUUAACUAGUUACCGGUAUUUUUGUAGGAACCUAUCUAAUUACUAUAGCUAUUCACUGAGGACAGUAACUAGUUUCAGUUAAAUGUAAUUGAUACUACCCAAGGCUGGCUUCGAUGGUACCCUCCAUGCUCCAGAACAUUCCAUACACAAACCAGUCCGAAAAUUCGAGCUGGUACAUUAUAGUCAUUUGUUUGCGUAUAAUAAAGUGUGGUUUAGCCCUAUCAUUGUCGAGGCAAUGAAACAGGCGACCUUCGAUAAGGAUUUUAUCUACCAUAUGUUUCUUGAACGCUCAGUCCCAAUGCGCUGAAAGGUGCAGUUCGUCGGUGCGGUGCUUUGUAAAUCUGCCCACGAAAGUGCGUGAAUGAAGUUUCUGUAUACCCUUUGAGUUCAUUGUGGGAUGUUGAUAACAUGCUUUUGAAAGAAGGUAUACUGCAGCCAAUCAAAUGAGUGGAUCGUUACCCGGCAACGGGCCUCUGAAAUAUCUCAACCUGUAUCUAUGUGUAUGUGUGAAGACUCGCCAAAGUGCGACGCCAGUGAAUCUGUUGUGCCAUAAGCUUUAUUAAUGUGUAUUGAUAUUUAUUUCGCCGAAUAAACAUUCACCAGAC